GAAACGAUCGUAGUGCAAACGAUAUGGAACUCUUAGAAGAACGUAUUAGUCGUUACGAAGAUGAAGCAGGUCAAAUUAGCAAUACAACAACAUUAAUAGACAGAGAUUCAUGUUUACGAAAAAACAGAGAAAAUGAAGCGUCAAAAAUAAUCAGUAAGAUUGAAGAUUCAAUGAACUUGGAUCUUUGCUUCGUUUUGGACUGUACAGGUUCUAUGGGUUGUCAUAUCGAAGCAGCGAAAGAGCAUAUCUUAAAAGUGGCUAGUUACGUAAAAAGUAAUAAUUCAAAUGUCGAAUUCUGGGUUGGUUUCUGUGGUUAUCAUGAUCACUCUGAUGGUAGUGAUC